AUGGCCACCAUUUCACGGCAACCAUUCGCGCCUCUCGACGGUGCGAGACUGCAGAACCUGACGAGCAUCAAGAACAGACAGAAUGCUGUUUCGCCUGCUUCGGGUGGCAAGCGCAAAGCUUCAGACAUUGUAGACGCAGACGACUUUGAAAAUGUCGACCCCAGCGUCUCUUCCAAGCGAUCCAAGGGCUCCGACAGCUUCUAUCCCUCCAAGGACACUCUUAAACCCUCCUCCUUCGUUUUGACCAGGGCUGCACCCCUCGCCGAAAGCCCUGCCUCGUCAUCGUACGCUCGCCCGCCUCUGCCUCCUCUGUCUCGCCAUCGCAAUCUGCUCCAGCCCAAGUCGCCCGCCGCCAAGAUCAACACGGCUAUCGCCAAGUCAUCCCCGCUCUCGGCCCCCGCUGGUCGUUCGCCCACCCGUGGCAAGCGCUCCGGCAUCCUCUCGAACCGUCGUCGAACCGCCGGCCCCUACACCCGUGUUGACCCACCUUUGUUCAGCCUGUCGUCAUCCUCUUCCUCCGCAUCCGCCCCGUUCAGUCUCGAUGCUGCCCUCAAGGGCACCAUCCCGAGCUAUGCCGCCCGUUCGUCUGUUGCCCCGUCCUCCCGGAGCGCUGCCAGGGAUCUGCUGGAGCCUGACCUGAAGGCGUCGUGGUUUUUUGAUAUCCACGAGGACACGCCCGAGCAGGAAAUGACCAACAUGCUCCAGCACGGCACUUGCGUCCUCGACAUCAGCUCUGACGAGGAGAGUGAGCGCAAGGCCAGUAGGGACCGAGCAGAAGGCCGCGACAAGGAGAACGUGCCACCUGCCGAUGACGUGAGCCAGACGUCGGCCCGUCGCUCCGCUCGUCGGACCGACGAAGACGACAUGGUCUUUGAGAAGGAGAGGAUAGCACUGGGCGAGAUGGACGCCAGUGAGUUCUAUGCCUUUGGCUGCGACGAAUCGUCGGUCAUCAUUAUCCCCGCCGACGAAGACGAGGAGCAGGAGACACUGGACCCCCAGGUCGCGUUGCCUGGACCAGCAGAUGACGUCGUUCCGGGGCCCAAGGCAGACACCCUCGCGGUGCCACUGGAGGAGAAGGAUGUCGUCGACGAGCUCAUGGGCAAAUCGGCCGAAUCAGCAGCCAAGGCGGCGCUGUUGGAGCCCAUAGAAGGCACAGGCGAAAGCUUUGAGCUGUGGGAAAGUGGAAGCGCCAAAGACGAAAGCGAACCUGCUGUUGCCGAGUGCUCAUGA